UUGACAAUCAUGACCCUUGACUUAUUUUAUGGAGGAAAAAGCCUUGUCAAUUAUUGUGAUCAUUUUGUGGUUUCUCUCUCCUCAGCUGUUCAGCAGAGGCAAUGGAGACAUCGUUGAAGUCAGAGGAACCGUGUGCUAACCCUCCUCCCUACUUCCUACCAGUCCAGGGUGAAGGAGAUGACAAGAGAAUCUCUCCCUUCACUCCUCCUCCUCCACCUGGUGCUAUGGGUGGUAGCUUCAUCAACCAGACCGCUACUGGUGGUGCUAGCCCCCCGAGGCAGAGGUUUGUCCAGCACUAUGAGACAGAGCUGGGUGAUUCUCCUGGUCUCAUCAGAUGUCCUUCCUGUCAGAACCAGGUGAUGAGUGAUGUCACUCACCACUCUGGAACCUUCUGCUGGACCAUGUGUCUGGUGUUCAUCCUCUGUGGGCUGCUGCUGGGAUGCUGUCUGAUCCCCUUUGUCUUCAAGAGUUUCAAGGAUGCCCAUCACACCUGCCCUCGCUGUCGCAUGGUCCUUCACAUCCACAGGAAGAGCUGUUGCCCCAUGAGCUCUGAACCCUCCUCCCUGACCCCCCGCCUAGGGUCAGGGCACCCCGGUCACGCCUGAUAUGGAGGGGGGGGGGUGGUGUGUGUGUGUGUGUGUGUGUGUGUGUGUAAUGUGUGCAUCCCAAACGGAACCCCACUCCCUAUACAGUGCACAACUUUCCACUAGGCCCCAUAGGAGUAGGACCAUAGGGCCUGUAGUGCACUAUAUAGGGGAGGCUAGCAGGGCUUAGUGCACUAUAUAGGGGAGACUGUAGCAGGGCUUAGUGCACUAUAUAGGGGAGGCU